UGGCUUUGGUUCUUAUUUAUUUCUGUUUUGAUGUUGAGAAUUCAAUUCAGCCAUCCAUUUCUUUCAGUUGGUUUCUUAUUUCUAAAUAAUUCAAGAAAAAACCAAAUUUGAAAAUCAUUUUCAUAAGCCCUUCCCCUUGGAUUACGCCUUAAUCUUUCCUCCUUAAUACCCCCAAAGCUUCUCUGAUUCUCUCUCUCUUUCUGUUUCGUGUUUUUUUCUUCUCUUCUUUGUCUCCUUCACACGGGUUUUUGUUUUUAAUUUGACAAGCUAAAACAAAAUAUAAAAGUAACAGAAGUAAAAAGAAGCAGAGAAAAAUGGCAACGAAUAUAGGUAUGAUGGAUAGUGCUUACUUUGUUGGAAGAAAUGAGAUUUUAACGUGGAUCAAUAGCAGGCUUCAGCUCAAUCUCUCUCGCGUUGAAGAAGCUGCCUCUGGUGCUGUACAAUGUCAGAUGAUAGAUAUGACCUAUCCAAGAUCUGUGCCAAUGCACAAGGUGAAUUUCGAUGCAAAAACAGAAUAUGAUAUGAUCCAAAAUUACAAGGUUCUACAAGAAGUAUUCAACAAGUUGAAAAUCGACAAGCAUAUUGAAGUCAAUAGACUUGUUAAAGGCAGACCUUUGGACAAUUUGGAGUUCUUACAAUGGUUGAAACGGUAUUGUGAUUCUGUAAAUGGUGGAAUCAUGAACGAGCAUUAUGAUCCUGUUGAAAGAAGACUUAAAGUUGGAAAGGACAAGAACUUGAAGGCUUCUCGCUCAAAAUCUCUUGAAGCAAUCAAUCUCCAUAACUCUGCCUCUGGAGAUGUGGCUGGCCUUAAUAGAAACAUUGGUCUGCUUAAGCAAUCAGCAGCUUCGAGCGAGGUCCGGGCUUUGUCCAAGGAGAUUCAUGAUUUGAAGCUCUCGGUUGAUCUUUUGGAAAAGGAAAGAGAUUUUUACUUUGCUAAAUUGCGGGACAUUGAAAUACUUUGUCAGACCGCCCAAGUGGAGAAUCACCCGAUUGCAUUAGCAGUAAAGAAAAUACUGUACGCAGCUGAUGCUCAAGACUCUGCACUUGAGGAAGCUCAAGAGUAUAUUACCCAAUAUAUUGAUGAUAAUGGUGAAACUGAGGAGGCAGAAAAUGAUGAUUGAACUUUUUCUAAAAAAAG